ACAGAAGCAUCAGAGUCGAUUUUUGAGGAGUGUUUACGGGCUAGCAUUUACGAUUCGAGAUUACAACUCGUCCAACUCGUGGCCCUUUGGUCCUCUCUCUGUGGAGGAGAGCAUGCUUUAAUGUGGCCGCUAGGUUCGUAGAUGUUGCCUGAGGCCGGAUCAGCUGACUGAAUGGCAGAAAAGACAAUUCCCCAAAGCAGGUUAAAGGUCCCCUCGUGUUACUCGCUCAACCUGGAAACAGGUGAGAGAGACAGACAGAGACAGACAGAGAUAACCCAACCACCUUAGCUAGCCUACACGUAUGUAGUAGAUAGAACGUAACUCUCUUGUAGGUACGUGAAAUGCAAGAACAACGAACGACUCACUCCGUGCACAGUGUACUACUCACUACCUUCCAUGUUCUAGCAGCUCUCUAUCGGAAUUCAGGCUCGGGAAGAAAGGUAUACCAACCACCAACCAUGCACAAUCAUCCCGGUCUACGGGCCUUGUACCUCCAAAAGUGAUGAUUCCAUGUCUAGCAAAGGAGUUACACUCCCGCCAUGAGGGGCCCUUUUCUGAGGCAGGUAGAGAGAGACCAGAGUGAGAGACACGGCGACAAGUAGCUCAUGGUCGUACUUUUCGGGUUGAGUCGAUCCGUGAGAAGAAAAAACAGCUGUCAUUUGGCAAAACACCGGCAACGCUAAUGUGAGAUUGAAAACAAACCAAAUCCGGCCAGGCUCGACCAGUACUCGACUGGUUGUACCUGGUUGAGAAGGCAGAGGGACCAGAGAGGUGGUAGACACCUUUUCCCCUCCCCUUUAAGACCCCGAUGGACUACUGCAACUACUGCCAUCCCAUCCCCCACACCUUCGACAUUGUGAUGGACUACUCUUGGGCCAAGAUCCUGGAUGGAUCACUGGCACGGACGGAGAGGACCGACACGAUGAGUAGACGGAGACGGGGCUGAGCGCUCGCUUCCUCCUUGGUCCUCUCCGUGAGUGGUGAGGCUUCUCCAGGCGCAUGCUGCCGGGUCUACGAACUCAAGUCACAGCUGAUUAAGAUCAUCCUCAUUUCCAUCGUGAGCAACAUCAUCAGUCGUCACUUGAUCAUUGCGAGGAAGGGAGUAUCGCGAGUGUGAGACCCAGUGUUGUUGGUUCCCAAAAGACAUUAUUUGGAAUGGAUCGAUACUAUCGAUCGUUACGAUACAUUGUCAUUUGAUUUUGAGCCGGAUCUUGUUUAAGCUCUCCGUAGCUUGAGCCAUCUUGUGAUUUACAAUGAGUGAAUGAGGCUUCAGAGAUAACUCAAAGAGUGCGUUGGGCUGUGAUUGAAGCUACUGGACAGGUUUGCUGAGCAGCCAUGGCCAGAUAUAAUUUGAAGACAGGACGUUGUAGUCAUGGAGGGAUGACCUCAAACCCAAACAGUGGUGGUGCUCAUUGUCGGUCUCAAUCCAUGCCGGAGGCUGUUUACUUCCAGCAUAUGGUUGGUCUGCCUUUACCUCCUCCUCCACCGCCACAGAGACCGCCAUCGCAUGGGGCUUUUGUUCCAUUUAAGGAGAGUAACUCGACCACUCUACUUAAACCUCCCCGAAGGCCAUACUCCAGUGGUUCGGGACUAAGACGAUCUCAAACGAAUGUGGGGGAUCUCAGGAAAGGCAGCAGGCUGUCCUCGGCCACGGGUAGAUUUGGAUCCUCGCAAUAUUUGGCACCAAACUGGACCAUGGAGGACAUGCAUUACUCAUCCUCCAUGUACACCAAACCUCAUCAUGAACUCUUCUUACCAGCCAGAUCUCGAUCCAACAUUGCCUCUCUAUACGCCAAUGGAGCAGCCCAUGCCAAAGAUAUCUACUUGAAGUCUCUCUCUCCACCUGGUUAUCAACACAGAUCCAUGGGAUUCUUGAGCAUGAUCCCCGAGCCCAUCGGCCGGAACAACGUGAGGCAGACCCAAUCCUGUCGGGACGUGAAUAAGCCCCUUCAUGUGGAUUGCAGUGUGGAGUAUGAUCUCGGGCACCAACCCAAAAUACCAAAAGAUAGUGCACCUCUUCUGAUAAUUCAUCCAGAGUAUCAAGCCAUGAAGCAUGGGACACAAUUGGAUUCUGGCCCGUCAUCACCUAACGUGUUUGUGGGUCGAGCUCAACCAUCCCCACAUACCCCCAUUCGACCCCCUCCUCUCCAUGAAGGCAUAACUCAAUCAGUGCCUCUUUCAAAAUCUGCUGCCAUGGGACCUUCCAGGAAUAGAAUCGCCCGGCACUGCAGCUUCUUAGACUCUACCUUUAAUGGAAUGCCUCCUUCGAGUGGUAGUCACGGCAGUCAGCUGUUGUCCAACAAUACUUCUCUUUCUUCGACAUCGAAUUCGACUUCGAAGCUGCUACGGACCAAGUCCAAGGCAACGGCUUCCUGUAAAGAGGCCACAGCUCUUCGUGAGAGAGAGCAACGUCAAUUGAAUCAGAUCUUGCACUACCAACCUUUGGCCACUCAACAUCCACAGCACCCCCAACAUCACCACCCCUACCCUCCCCACCACCACCACCAUUCCUCCUCUAAUCAUCCUGAUGUCCUAUUUGAGGUAGUUGCAGCCCCGAGUGUGGCUAUUCAGACACCCCGAGACAAUGUCGGAAGGAGUCGUCAGCCUCCCCAUCGUCGGGCUUCGCGGUCAUUGUGGGCAAUGGAUAAUUCGGAUGAGCAAGGGUUUCACCUGUCCUUGCCCGAUCUGAACCCGUCGCUACGCUACCCUAAUCAGGCUUCCCAAGACCUCACUGAAGAGAAGAGCCACCAACCAUCAGCAACUGACGACAGCACUUCCAGCAGCAGUGGCAGUCACAGCUCCCAAACCCAACGCUUACCACCUUCCAAAGCUCGUUUGAACUUGUCCAGCAAAUUAGCAGCGGCCCAGAAAUCCUCGCUCGGGUCGAAAGAUUCGGCAUUCAUGAUGAUGAACAGUGAGGAUUCCUCCUCCCCGGGCAGCAAUUAUGAGAUGAAUGACAUGGCAGGUUACGAUUCUGGCCUAGGCACGCCCAGUUCCCUCACCAUUGCCGAGGGCGACGAGGGUUCCACAACGCAUCACCGUCCUGAUCAGCCCUCCCAUCGAACGGCAACGGCUUCAUCAGGAAUGUCAUCCAAGUGGAAAAGCAGCAUGACAGGUUUGGUCAACGGGAUCCUUUGUUGUUCGGGAGGAAUCCUAGCACCCUCGAGCAAAUCGAAACUGGCCACCUACACUGUGACAGCCACUUUUCAUCCUCCAUCGGAGAUUUCGGAGGACUCUCAGCCAAUUGAGUCCUCCUCAUCUCCAACCACGAUGACUCAGUAUCAAGGCUCUGCCAAAGACUUCAAAGCAUCCUCCAUUCUAUCCACAAUGUCGUCACUCUCGUCCACUUCAACCAUGAGUGGGGAUUAUCAUCCGUGGUCGCCGCAACUUUCCUCAAGCCCUCCCUACACAACCUCAAUUCCGGAGGAAUCUGAGUCGGAAUCAGGCAUGGUUUGUCCGACGUGUCAUUCAAGUCUGGCGGAUUGUCGGGAUGGAUUCUGUGCCUCUGUUUGGACGCGAAAAGAUCGUGGUGAACGUCCUUUUCUGCCCAUGCAUCGACCGAUUCAAAUCUAAUUGGCAUUUUCAUCAUGCAACUUGCAAUACCUCAAACACGGUACAUUUCUACUUCCGUUGUUUUUGACACGGUGCAUUGCUCGCAUUUCUUGCAUCCCGCGCACAAUGGAUAAUUAUCUUUUGCUCCAGUGCAAAACUGUGAUUUUGCACGCUUUAUACAUACCGUUUCAUAUUUUAUGAUCCAUUCUGAGAAAAAUCAAUUAUACAUACUCUUAGCAUUAUCAUUGUCAACUCUUCGUACACAACUCUACUGAGAUAUAACCGCAAAAUAAACGAAAGGGCUGAUCCAAUUGACCAUU